GUGCCACUCUUGCACAUCCUCGCGCGCGCACUCGGCUGCAGCGCCGCUUCUCGGUACUCCUCCUGCGCGCUUUAUGUUUCUUACUAUUUGAUUUGAUUUUUAUUGAACACUAUUUUCUCUUUCUCUUCUCAUCGCUGUUCCGGGUGGACUCCUCUUCCUCAGGAGAUGCUCGGGGUGUAUGGGGUGGGUUUUUUUUUUUGUCCUGUGCGGAGCUACAUGCUGCACGUUGGGCUAAUCAGUAGCGCGCGCUGCUAAGAUCAGAGCGGAGCCGCCUCGCGCAGCAGCAGCAGCAGCGCGUCAGUGUACCGACACCGUUUACCUUCUUCCUCCUCCAUCUCCAUCUCCUCCUCUUCUUCCUCCUCUUCUCCCACCUUCCUCUCGGCCCGGGCUCGGUGGGAUGGAAGCCCUAGCCGGAAGCUUAUUCGUGGUCCGGAGCUCGUGACACAUUUUUCAUUUUUUAUCAUUUUUUUCCACCAAAACAUGCCGCUGAAAUGGAAAAGCGCUUCUCCCGUGAGCUGGAAAUUCCCCGUGCCUGUGCUUAAAACCUCCCGCUCCUCUCCGUUAUCACCGGCUUACAUAUCUCUGGUGGAGGAUGAUGAUGCUCAUAUGAAGGUGUCUCUUGGCUGUGGUGAGAUGGGGCUCUCCGCCCACUUGCAGGCAUCCAAGACGGGCAACACCCGCUUCUUCACAAGUAACACGCACAGCUCCGUCGUCCUACAGGGUUUUGAUCAGUUGAGGAUAGAGGGGCUGCUGUGCGACGUCACGUUGGUGGCCGGCGACGGUGACGAGGCGUUUCCUGUCCACAGAGCCAUGAUGGCGUCAUCCAGCGACUAUUUCAAAGCCAUGUUCACAGGUGGGAUGAAGGAGCAGGACCUGAUGUGUAUAAAGCUGCAUGGCGUGAACCGCAUCGGCCUGAAGAAGAUCAUCGACUUCAUCUACACAGCCAAGCUCUCGCUCAACAUGGAGAACCUGCAGGACACCCUGGAGGCGGCCAGCUUCCUGCAGAUCCUCCCGGUGCUCGACUUCUGCAAAGUGUUCCUCAUCUCCGGGGUGUCUCUGGAGAACUGCGUGGAGGUGGGGCGCAUCGCUAGCGCUUACAACCUGGCCGAGGUGGACAAAUACGUGAACAACUUCAUCCUGAAGAACUUCCCAGCGCUCCUCGGGACGGGCGAGUUCGUGAAGCUUCCUGUGGAGAGGCUAGCCUUCGCUCUGUCCUCUAACGGUCUGCGGCGCUGCAGUGAGCUGGAGCUGUUUAAAGCGGCGUGCCGCUGGCUGCGGGCGGAGGACGGGCGCAUGGAGCACGCGGCGCGCCUCAUGCGCAACGUCCGCUUCCCGCUGAUGAGCCCGAGCGAACUCAUCAACCACGUGCAGACGGUGGACUUCAUGCGCACGGACAACGCGUGCGUCAACCUGCUGCUGGAGGCCAGCAACUACCAGAUGAUGCCCUACAUGCAGCCGGUGAUGCAGUCCGAGCGCACGGCGAUCCGCUCCGACAGCGCACACUUAGUGACUCUGGGUGGCGUCCUGCGCCAGCAGCUGGUCGUCAGUAAGGAACUGCGUCUGUUCGAUGAGAAGGCGCACGAGUGGCGCGCACUUGCGCCGAUGGACGCGCCUCGCUACCAACACGGCAUCGCCGUCAUCGGCAACUUCCUGUACGUCGUCGGAGGACAGAGCAACUACGAUACCAAGGGGAAGACCGCAGUGGACACGGCGUUCCGCUACGACCCGCGCUACAACCGCUGGAUGCAGGUGGCCUGCCUCAACGAGAAGAGGACCUUCUUCCAUCUGAGCGCGCUCAAAGGCCACCUGUACGCCGUCGGAGGCAGGAACGCCGCUGGAGAGCUCGCAACGGUGGAGUGUUAUAACCCCAGGACGAAUGAGUGGACGUACGUGGCCAAGAUGAACGAGCCACACUACGGUCACGCAGGAACGGUCUACGGAGGUUACAUGUACAUUUCAGGCGGCAUUACACACGACACCUUCCAGAAGGAGCUGAUGUGCUUCGACCCGGAGGCGGACCGGUGGACGCAGAAGGCCCCUAUGACGACGGUGCGCGGGCUGCACUGCAUGUGCACGGUGGGCGACCGGCUCUACGUGAUCGGCGGCAACCACUUCCGCGGCACCAGCGACUACGACGACGUCCUGAGCUGCGAGUACUACAGCCCGGCGCUGGACGUGUGGACAGGCAUUGCGGCCAUGCUGCGCGGCCAGAGCGACGUGGGCGUGGCCGUGUUCGACAACAAGAUUUAUGUGGUGGGUGGCUACUCGUGGAACAACCGCUGCAUGGUGGAGAUCGUGCAGAAGUACGAUCCGGACAAGGAUGAGUGGCAUAAAGUGUUUGACCUGCCCGAGUCGCUGGGGGGGAUCCGGGCGUGCACGCUUACUGUGUACCCUCCAGACGAGCUGGCGCUGGCGGGGUCGCCCAGCCGAGAGUCACCCCUGUCCGCCCCUUGAAAACGGAGGGGGGGAGAGAUGGAAAGAGAGGGAGAAAGACGCUGAA